GCUACAUGGCAAAGGAAAUUAGUUCUAUGCGUUUGCUUUUAGAUAAUCCAGGAAUUCAAAUCCUCUUUGAUCUCUCCCUGAAAAUCGUAAAAUGUUUAACUGGUAUUCAGCUACCUACACUAUAUAACUUUGAGAAAAUAAAACAUCUAUUACAACACAGCUAUUUUGGAACCAUGAAGCAUCUUCGAGUGCUGCUUGUCCUUGGCACGAGCAUUGUGUUCUUGGCAUCAUUAGGUGCAACUGCUGCUAUUCCAGAGAAAGCUGCAAUCCGAGAGAAGCGAGCUAUGCCAAACUGGAGCAUGUCGGCCUCUGAUUUUUAUGGCUGGGUAGAAGAACUGCGCAAACUGGGCGCUUACGAUAAAACUGAGGAUAUGGCCAGAAUUUACUGGGCUCAUUUUCCUAUUGCCUCUCAACUUGGUUAUGAUGUUACCGAUUAUGAUGACUAAGCGCUAAACAGAACAAAAUCAAAGAUCUGAAAUAGAAAUGAUUACUGUUCUUUAUUGACAUCUUGUAUUUUAUUACUGUGCAACUUGCAAAGCUUACAUAUUUUAUCACCUGCCUCUAAUUAAAUUUUAUAUUCUUUUGUUGUUUUUUUUUCAGUUUAAUUGCUUUCUAAACUUUUCUAAUGUGUUUUGUCUUCAAAACAUUUUAAAGCAAAAUACAAAAUGCUUCAGAAUUGAGUUUUGAUGAAAUGUUACAAUAAAAUUUUUUCCCAAAAA